AUGGAAGAACUCAGAAGGCAUUCGGUUAUGCUGGACCGCAAGCUCUGGGAGAAUGACCCGAUCUACUUCUUCCAAGUACUUCCACCCCAUAUCAGCAAGUAUGCUCAACGCGCAGAUGAUGCCUCGAUCCAAGCCCAAAUUGAUGUGUUUGGCAAAGACAACGUCGGCGCGAUGCCGGGAGCCUUGGGACCUAGGGGCAACUUUGCUGCAGUUACCUUCGCAGAGAGUUUCCCAGACAGAGUCGCCAUGCUGGCUUAUCUCAAUGAAGUCUUGAGCUUUUAUGAGUGCUUCGAAAAGCAGAUGACGGAAAUGUUGGGCGCUACACUUCAUGCAAACCCCGUCCCCAAAGAUCCCAAAUAUGACAACCCAGUUUGGCAAGAAAACUACAAGAAGACGAUGGCCAAAUGGCCCAAGUUCCUUGAAGAAUUGGAUCCCAAGCUCGGACCGAAGUGUGUGAAGGCCCUCGUUGCGUUGAUCGAGGGAAUCGAUAUGGAGCCCAAAAUGGCCCAAUACAAAACGAUGAAGGAAUAUGCCCUGGAUCGUUCGAACUACAUUGCCUGGCCAGUGGCAUGUGACAACGCCGAGUUCGGUUCACAGUUGGAUCUGACACGGGAGCAGAUGGACUCUGUUCGGGACAUCUUCUUGCCCCUUUGGAUUCAUUCAUGCUACGUCUACGACUACUAUCACUAUGAUAAGGAGGCAGAGAUACACUCUACCUACGGCAAAGGUCGCAGCAUGAUCAACGCAGUUCCCCUUCUUCACAGGCUGAAGGGCUUAUCAGUUGAAGAAGCCAAAGCGUGGCUCAAGCAAAGGUGCCUUGAGUUGGAAAAGGAAUAUCUUCAUCGCAAAGAGGAUUAUUUCUCAGAGAAUCCCCCUGAAACCGUCCCAGUUGACUUGCGCCGCUGGUUCUUGUCUCAAGAGGAUCUCGCAACCGGGUUCGCAAUCUGGUGCGCGACAACGUAUCACAACCAUCCUCCUUUUGGAGAGGGAUAUGCUGCUCCAUAUGAGAAGCGUCGCAGUGAAGGCGCUCUCUGGUUCGAGAAUGUGACCGAAUCCGACAAGCUCAUGACUGGCGGAUUUGAAGUUCGGUACGCAAACUGA